GGCAGCAUCCAUACCAGUAUCGUCCCGAGUAACAAGCCAACUCACGCUCUCAGACAAACACCUGGCAACUAAUAUCAACCCGUCGACAAAGUAAGGAAAAUCCGAGAAUCUCCAGCUUUCUCUCGCCUUCCCACAAAUAAUUCUCUCAUCAAUCGUUAGCACCUUCAGCUUCAUCACAAUGGCCCAGCCCCAACGCCAGCAACGCCAGCAACAGCAGCAACAGCAGCCGCAGCGCAACAGAAAAUAUGAUCUCGUCGUUUUCGGAGCAACAGGUUACACGGGCAAGCUCACCAGCGAACAGGUCCUACAGGGCACGCCCUCGACUCUAAGAUGGGCCAUUGCCGGCCGCUCGCCUCAGAAGCUAGAGCUUCUAGCUCACGAAUACAACCGUCUCUAUCCUGACCGUGUUCCCGUUGAAAUCUACAUUGCCGACCUGAGCGAAUUCUCUGUCGAGCGUCUUGCGUCGUGUACCCGUCUCCUCAUCUCUACUGUCGGCCCAUUCAUCAAAUACGGAACUCCGGUGCUGGAAGCUUGCGCGGUCUACGGAACCCACUAUGUCGACUGUACCGGCGAGUACCCGUGGGUCUACGAGAUGAUCAAGAGGUGCCAUAAGACCGCGAAGCGCAAGGGAGCGAUCAUUAUCCCACAAGCUGGGUUCGAGUCGGCGCCUAUAGAUUGGGGCACCUAUGCUCUAGUCAAAGCUGUGAGAGAUGAGCUCGGUGUCGGCGUCACGGAUGUUACUUUCUCGGUGCACAAUUUGAAGGGCCAGUUCAGCGGUGGAACUGUCGAGACGGCAAUGACGGUGUUCGAGCAUGCCACCCUCCAGGAACUUCACGAAGCGUCGCAAUUCGAUGCCCUCUCGCCCAUCAAGGGUCCCGAGCAGCCUUUCCGCUAUCCCAUCCGCAAAGAUGAGGACCUUGGACUCUUGACGUCAUGGAUCAACAAUUCCGGUGACAGAUCGGUCGUGUUCCGCAGUUGGGGCUUGUUGGAUGGCGGCAAGUACUAUGGCGAGCAGUUUACGUGGAAGGAGUACAUGAGGGUUACCAGCUACAUAACAGCAUUCAUCUGGAUGUUACUGAUGAAUGUGGCUGUCAUCAUUCCGCUCAUCUCACCGCUGAGAUGGCUUGUGAGGAAACUGUUCCAUCCCGGUCAGGGCGAAGGCCCAAGUGAAGAAGCACGCCGCACUCACAGCGUUGAGUGGCGCGGUGUAGCCAUCGCCGAUGAGGAUACGGAUACGCCUCGCAAGGCAUUCGUCCGAGUCCACAGCACGAUAGACGCCUACACUCUGACCGCCGUGUGCCUGGUGCAAGCUGCCAACAGCAUCCUGUUCAACAAAAACACCAUGGCCGCCGAGAUGGGAGGAGGUAUUCUGACGCCCGCGUGUUUGGCAUCUCCAGAACUUUUUAGGCUACUCGAUCGUGCGGGACUCAAGAUCGAGACGAAGAUUAUCUAGUCUAGGAGAAGUAGGCUGCGGAGUUUUUUAGAAUCGAGUUGCUUGUUGCUUGUUAUACAUAUCAUAAUCUGCUCUUUCUUUGUGCCAGUGCGUUCGAUAGAACACGGAUGGCCUCGUUUGCUGAGCCCACGGAAUUCUGGAAGCUGCAAUAGGGAAAGGUGGUGCCGUCAGUAGGGAGAGGUUGACACGUGCUCGGAAUGGAUGAAUGAACGACUUACCCUGUACCGCCAUGGCCAUAGUG